CAACUGACCAGACAAAGUACAAGUGGAAGGGGAGUAAAUCAUUAGCCUGAGAUAGGCCUUGAACCAGAUCACUGCAGCAGAUGUAGACUUAGCAAUUCCCUCUUGUUCCAAAGCGAACUUUGCUCAUGUAAUAACUGGCAGGUGAUGCAACGAUAAGAGAAUGAAGUCUAUAAAAAUGUAGCUGACAGCUUGGGAAGUCCUGACUGGAGCUCUUUGUGCCUCCUCUGCCCACGGCUGCUCCAAGUGACAGCUCCCGCUGGGAAGAUGCACUGGUGGAAAGUGAUGGCAGCCCUUCUGCUCUGCUCACUGCUGCUCAGCCAGACCCACGGCGUGUCCCUGUCCCUGUCCCAGCCCCAGGCCCAGCCCCGCAGUCCCCGGCAGCGGCGGAUGACGCCCUUCUGGAGAGGGGUGUCCCUGAGACCCAUCGGAGCCUCGUGCAGGGACAACAGCGAGUGCCUCACCAUGCUCUGCAGGAAAAAUCGCUGCCUCCUCUCCACGGCCUCGGCGUGAGCUGGCCCCAAGCACAGCCUGCACUGUUACUGCUGACCCUGCUCCACACACUUGGGAUGUAUUUAUUGACUGCUCAGGAGCUGCAAGGGCCUCGAGCAAUCAGAGGAUUUAAUAUUUCUGUCACAUGUGCUGAUGAAAGGACUUCAAGGAGCAUCAGAGCAUCUCCUCCCACAGCCACGCCUCUGGAGGCCUCUGGCCAAGCUCAAUAAAAGGGCUCUGCAUCUCCUGCUCGUUUGGUUUUUUUGUAAUGCUUCCUAUUAUUUAUUUGAAGGUGUGAAUUAAAAUAUAUGUUCAGCAAA